GAACGACCCUAUUCCUUUAUUUGGUCUUGCGGCGCCUGGCGAUUCAUCAUUGACCUACAACUAAACUGAACAUAGCAUCCUGGGCUGUCACAAUUAUCAAACGCCUGGUCUUACCAUAUGCAGAUAAAAUAUCGUUGCGCGUGUUUAACAUAAGCAGGAAUUCAUAUUUUAAUAAACUGUCAAUGAGAGAUGGGUCGUUCCUGGCGAUUAUUUUCAAAAAUACAUUCAGCUGUGUUUGUUGUCUUGAACACACCCCAAUAAUGGCUGCACAGGAGCCGUCUCCACCAUCUUCCCUGGAAGGGAACAAACCGGGCUUCCCAAAGAAAAUUUUGGCCAACAACCUAGAAGACAAGCAUUUCUGCAAUGCGUGCCAGAAAGUUUUGAGGAGACCGUUACAAGCUCAGUGUGGUCACCGCUUUUGUUACUUCUGUUUCAACAAAAUUGUGAGUUCUGGACCACAGAAAUGUAGUGCUUGCAUUAAAGAAGACUUAUUUGAGGAACCCACCUCCAUUCUAAAGCAAGGAGGCGCUUUCCCUGACAAUGCAGCUCGGCGAGAAGUGGAGGCCUUGGCAGCUGUCUGUCCCAAUGAAGGAUGCACGUGGAUGGGAACCAUUAAAGAAUUUGAGGCCAACCAUGAGGGUAACUGUGACUUCAUGAUCAUCUUGUGUCCCUCCUGCAAAGAGCUGAUGAGAGCCAAUGAGCAGGAGCGCCACAACGAGAGAGAAUGUCCAGAGAGGACCCUCAACUGCAAAUACUGCAAAGAACCCUUCCUGUUAAAGAACAUCAAGGCUCAUGAUGAGAUCUGUCCAAAGUACCCGAUGAUUUGUGAAGGUUGUGCAAAGAAAAAGAUUCCUAGAGAGAAGUAUGUGGACCAUAUUAAGUUCUGCAGUAAAUUUAAAGCACCAUGCAGAUUUCAUGUUGUUGGCUGCAAUACAUCUGUGGAGAAAGAGAGGAUCCAUGACCAUGAGCGACAGUGUUCUUAUGAACACCUCAACUUGCUCCUGCAUUUCAUCAUGGGCAUCAAGGUGAGCCUGGAGAGCCUUCAGCCCCAGAGCCUGGAAGCAGCCAGCCAUAAGCUGCAAGAACUCCACCAGUCCCUCAGGGACCUGGAGGUGAAGAUGAGCCAGUUGGGUGGGGGUGGUGCGGUUUCCAUGCAGGGUGCAUGUGCCCCGACUCUGACCACCUCCUUCACCCCACUGCCCAGCACCAUGGGUGCUGCCCUGGAGCUGCAGCUCCAGAGUGAAAAAACAAAGGUGGCUGAGCUGAGCCAACGCUGCCAGGAGCUGGAGCUCAAAGUGAGCACAUUUGAGAAUAUUGUCUGCGUUCUCAACAGAGAGAUGGAGCGCUCCUGCACCACCAUGGAGGCUUAUAACCGCCAACACAGACUGGACCAGGACAAGAUUGAGAUCCUCAACAACAAGGUUCGUCAGCUUGAGAGGACGGUGAGUCUGAGGGACCUGUCUAUUGUGGAGAUGGAGGGUAAAAUGAGGGAGAUGUCUGCAGCCACAUAUGACGGCAUCUUUGUCUGGAAGAUCUCAGAUUUCACCAAGAAGAGGCAGGAUGCUGUAGCCGGCCGAGCCCCUGCGAUGUUCUCUCCUGCUUUUUAUACCAGUAAGUACGGCUACAAGAUGUGCCUGCGAAUCUAUCUGAAUGGUGACGGGACAGGCCGUGGCACCCACCUGUCUCUGUUCUUUGUGGUGAUGAGAGGACACAGUGACGCACUCCUCAAAUGGCCUUUUAAUCAGAAGGUCACCCUAAUGCUGCUCGACCAGAACAACAGGGAGCACAUCAUUGAUGCCUUCAGGCCCGACAUCUCCUCCUCGUCCUUCCAGAGGCCUGUCAGUGAUAUGAACAUCGCCAGUGGUUGCCCACUCUUCUGUCCACUCUCCAAGCUGGACUCUAAGAACUCCUACAUACGAGAUGACACCAUCUUCAUCAAGGCCAUUGUAGACCUCACUGGGCUCUAGUUCCUUUGGUUUUGAUACGGAUUGUUGGUACCAGCAUGCAAGACCAGAACAGGAAGGUAACCAAUUUUUUGGCCACUGGCCACAGUGGCUGGUGGUCUUUAUAAAUAAACCACUGUAACUAGUUUACCUAUCAAACCUAGUUUUUAUUGGACAAAAAACUGAGUAUCUACCAAAGUGACUGGGAUAGUGAUCAUAGUAUAUAUGUUAGUAUUUGGCUGGUCACAGGUGUUAAUUUCCCACCCUGCAAAUGGUAUUUGAACUGAUAGAUGCAUUCUAAGACUUGUCUAGAAAAUAAUGCUUGUGAAGUAGACAACUGAGGGCCUGUGUCCACACAGUGUUUUUUUUUUCUUUUUUCUUCUCAGUGCCAAGGUCUUUUUUAAAUUGUUCCCAAUGAGGAGAGGGUGUAAGUGGCUGCAUGCUGGCGCCUAGAGAAAAAGUGUUGUGCUCAGCAUCUUUUUCAGAGCGCUUUGCUUUUUUGUGCAGCUUCUCCAGUUGCUUCUAGAUAAAAAUCUCUUAACUUUACAGAAAUGCAUGGGUGAUGUCACUGCUGCACUUGUAGCUAGGCUACUGUCACAGCAAAGACAGAAAAGCCCAUUUGUGGGAGCAGAUCGAGAAGCUGACACUGAAUGUUGCUGGUGAGUGUUGUGCAUUUAUCACGUACCUUUGUAAGCUUGUUUUUAACUGUGUAAUCAACCCCCUGUUAUUGUAGUGUUGCAUUAGCUACCUAGCUAACGUUAAUGUCAAGAUAUUGUUGCCAUAGAAACAAAUCCACCCAAGUGUGUCACUAAUAAAAAAGUGCUCUCAGCGCUGGGAUGAAACACUCUCCAGUGACCUGCCACCAAUUUUCUGCAGAAGAAAAAAACACUGUGUGGACACAGGCCCUGAGAUGACAUUGUCCCAGAUCUCCCAUAAUGAUCCUAUUGUGACUUGUACCAUGGAUGAGGCUCCUCAUGUUCAGUUUGACACCUGAGUUUUACAGGAAUUUUAUGUCCAUUCACAUUCAAACUGUUUCCUGCAUCAAGUAAAUGAGGUCUUCUAGUGACAAAAACAGUUCUUAUGUUAGCUGCUGUCUUAAGCUCCAAAAUCAUUGAUAACUAACUAGUAGCUAGCAUAACUACCAUAACUUUGAUUAUUAAUUAGAGCUGCAUUAAUCAACAAGCUAGAAAUGCUAAUGUUUGACAUAUGGCCUUGAGAAGUUGAUUUGGCUAACAUGUUAGUAAACUUACUCCAUUACACAUUCAGCAGACAGAGUAACAUUAAGCCUUAAUAGGAGUCAUGUCUAUGGCAACCUGAUGAACUUAAGUCCAACAUUCUCUCCUUUAAGCUCUGUUUUUGGUCUAAACCAGCUCUUGAGGAAAAAAGAAUCUGUCUCUUUAGCUGCCAUAUGUUUCACUAUGUUCACGAGUUAGUCUCUAAUUGGACCAGUCUGAAGUGUACAGUGGGGAAACCUGCAGGAUACUGCUGAUAACAAGUCUGAUGAGAGUGCUGAACCAAACCAGUCAAAUCUAAAUAGUGAAAAGACACUAAACAGUGCAUAGAGCUGAGGGGAUAUUGGGUUAUAAUUCUGUGUGGACAUGUCACUGUGAGUGACCCCUUUCAUACUACAUAGUCAUCUGGCUUACUGAUUAUACAAAAAUAUUGAUAGUGCAGCUGUUGAACUAUAGAGUACUUGUGAUGCAAACAGUAUUUUUGUUAUCUGAUUUUCACCUGGGUUUUUGUAUUGUAUUUUUGUAUUGUUAAAGUCUGAAAUUUCAAUCGCCAAUAAAUUUCCAGAUUUUGUUUUAAAAUGAAAAACUGAAAAAAAUGGGCCUUGGAUCAGUAACACUGCUGCUAUGUAGAUGAAAAGCCUACAAACACAGGGAUAGAUCAAGCAGGUCUAGGUGCUUGUGUUCACUGUUGGCGUUUAAUGCUUGACAAUUGGUUAAUCUAAUAUUUGUUUGAAUUUUUCAUUUACGAUCUGGGGCCUAUUGCACAAAACUAGGAUAAGGGAUUAAGCCGGGAUAUCUUGGUUAUUCUGGCUCAAUUUAUCCGUGAUCUGGUUGCACAAAAGCGGGAUAGUGGACAGCGGGAUAUGUUAUGACAUAAGUUACCAUGGAGAUUUAUUCUGUGGAGCUAGCCUGCUCCAGACCAGGCUAAGUUCCAGGAUCUAUUUAAUCUCAUCCCUUAUCUCAGUCAGCAGUCACCACAAACGGAAACCAAUAGUUAUUCCACUGCCCAUUGCACAUUGUUAUCACAUUCAACCAGACCCACUGUCAUUAUUUAAACAUUUGUGAUCAUUAAUUGCAAUCAUUUUAGAUAAAUGAUGAUUUUAGAUGAUUUUGCAAUCAUAAGAUAAUUUACAGUUUCCCAUAGACUAUAUAUAAAAUACACAUCCCAUAUAAAUAUAAAUACACAUCAAAGAGUAACAUGAUGUUCCUUUAUUGAAUAAGGAUAAAUCAAAGCAAGUAAACCAUCAGCUCCUUUCAAAACUGAAGUCACACAGUGACUCUACAAGAUAGAAAGCACGGAAUCAAAGCAUAUUAUACACCACAAGAAUAAAUACACAUUCAAAGGUCUGUAUAUGAUACACCCCGCGUGUCUGCACACUGAAAUAAAUGCAGGACACAUCCAUACACAACAAAUGAACAGACAAAUGAAUGGAUGCAGUAGCCUCCCUGCAAGCUUAUAUACACACAAUAUACAGCACAACCAACAUAAGAGGCCAAAUCAAUUUAAAUUGAAUAAAAAAAAACACAAAUUCCUCUGCCAAUGCAGGCCAUAUUUAACUGAAAUUCACAGCAUGCGUCUCUGCCACUGCAGGACAUAUUUAACUUAAAUUUAAAGCAUGCAUGUUAACUAAAAUAAUUUAACACAUAUUGGUCCCUGACCAGCUGACCACUGGAGUCAUCAGGGAAGAUGGCAGGAUUGUCCCAGUCCAUGUGUGAUGGGGGCCCUCUCCUUCCUCAGGCAGGCCACAUUGUGGAGGACAGCACAGGCCACAGUGAUGUCACAUGCCCUCAAAGGGCUGACCCUUAAGUGGUGAAGACAGUGAAAGCGUGCCUUCAGGAGGCCAAAGGUCAUUUCAAUCCUAGCCCUUGUCCUGGCAUGGGUAUGAUUAUAGGCCUGCUGUGCUUCCUGAGGGUCUGUGUAUGGUAUGAGGAGAAAAGGCUGGCAGGCAUACCCCCUGUCCCCCAGCAACACACCAGAGAAUUCAACUGUCAAUACAAAAUCUCAUCAUCACAACCUCAUAGAGUGACAUUCUUGACACAGCCAUGAUGUGUGUUGGUGUUGGUGGCUCCAACAGUGUGACAGUGCUGUCAGAUAGUCCAGAUGGAUUCGAUAUGAAUGUAUGUCCCAUGUAGAGAUGGAAAAAUGUACCUUGUAUGAAGCGGGUGGCAUCUUGGGAGGGACAUAUGUUUGUGUCUGUCCCCCCAAGGAUCCCCUCCAACACAGGCCUGCCUUUGUUUUGUGCCAAGGCUAUGUCCUCUGCUGGGGUGAGGUCAGCUGAUGGUGACCCACCACCGGUGCCUUGCUUGUGGGUUUGUGUUUUUUUGACUGCUAAAACAGUACAGACAAUGUGUGAGCAGGCACCUUCUGGGUACAAUGUAUGCUUGUGCAUUGUUAAGUAUUAGUCAGGGCACUUACCAUUCUGCAGGAUGUUCUUGUAUUUAAUCUGGACUUGCUGCCAUGUCCGUUUUGGCCCAGUCAUGUUUAAUCUAUACACACACACACAAUCAACAACACUCAAUUGGAUUCAGAUCAGAUGAUAU